AAACUAAUUACGAUGGAUCAAUUAGUCCCAUGAGAAGUUUUGGAAAUAAAGAGAGCGAAAAUAUAGACAAUAACCCUGAGACGUUUCCUUGUCUUAAUAUUUGUUCUAAACCUAGCACAAAUAAAAAUGAUGCAGAAUUCAUUAAAAAUCUAACAGCUAAUCCUCGGAUAUCAGUUAUUCCCAGUACCAGUAGAGGUAUGGACGCAAUCAAUAUUUAUUUUAAAAGAGAUAUAUACCAGUCUCCAUCGUCUCAUAAAGAUUUCAGCGAUGAGGAUGUCACAAGCUGCAGUGAAUAUAUCUCCGAAACCGAAUCGAGUAAUGAAUCAGAUAAUGAGCUGUUAUCCAACGUUUGA